CAACACUGCUGUGUUCGGAGUUGAGAAUUGUCGAAAUUAUCAUUCUAAAUUAGACAAAGUGAAAUUGAGUAUCUUAAGGUAUUGUUCUAAAUCUUAGUAUGUUUUGUUAAUAAGUUCCUAUUUAUUAACGUAUACCUUUCUGAAUUAGAUUUUCGGUAUUCCGUUCCGGAGAACAGCUUCUGACCAAUUUGACUAGGGUAAUUCAAAAGCAGCGAAAAUGCCGGAAGCUGGUAAUUGGUGCCAGAUUGAAAGUGAUCCAGGAGUGUUCACACAGUUGAUAAAAGCAUUUGGGACAAAGGGAGUCCAAGUUGAAGAAUUGUGGACUAUUGAUGGAGGUAUAUUUGAAAAUUUGAAACCUGUGCAUGGCUUAAUUUUCUUAUUUAAAUAUGUCCAAGACAAUGCUCCACCUAAACCAGUUGUCACCGAUGAUAGGAUUAAUAAGAUAUACUUCGCCAAACAGGUUAUAAACAAUGCCUGUGCUACUCAAGCUAUCAUCAGUAUUCUACUAAAUUGCACCCAUCCAGAUGUAGACCUGGGGCCUGAAUUGACCCAGCUGAAGGAUUUCAGUAUGUGCUUUGAUCCACAAAUGCGAGGCUUGACAUUAAGUAACUCCAACACUAUACGAACUGCACACAAUUCAAUGGUGCAACUACCACUCUUUGAAGCUGACCCAGAUGCAUUUUCCAAGGAUGAGGAUGCUUAUCAUUUUAUUGGAUAUAUGGCAAUAGAUGGUAGAGUUUACGAGCUAGAUGGUUUACGCGAGGGUCCCAUUGACCAUGGAGAGGUAACUACCCAUGAGGAUUGGCUUGAUGCGGUGCGACCAGUGAUAAUGGAACGGAUCAAUGCGUAUACUGAAGGUGAAAUACACUUUAGUUUGAUGGCUGUAGUGUCAGACAGGAAGAUGAUAUAUGAACGGCAGAUAGAUGAUUUAUUGGAAGCGAGUCAGCUGAUCCCGAUGGACAACGAUUACGUAGAAAAUGAAAUUCGGAAUCUCAAGAUGUUGAUUGAGCUCGAAGAUGAGAAAAUGGCUAAAUAUCAAGAUGAUAUGAUUAACAAUAAAUAAGUUAAUUCACUGCAUGUGUGGCACAGUACAAUUACAAUGAUUCAGGUAACAGUUAUUUACAAUAAAAAAUAAUUUUGUUACAUCUAAAAUGAAGGUAGAAUGAUAAUGUUAAGUGCUUUAUUAUAUUUACAGAGUACCAGAAAUGAACACAAAGAACUUGAACUACUUAAACAAAUUAUUAGUGAUUUUUUCUGAAUUAAUUUUCGUUGAUUAUUUAUUAUUAAACAUUAUUUCUUUUA